ACUUUUCAAAUUCGACCACCAGCAUGCAAUACAUUUUUUAUUUAUUUUUAUUAUCCCUAAUUUAUUGCUAAUUGAAUGAAAUAAAUCACAUGCAAUCAUAAAGUGGAAAAAAUUAAAUACAGAGGUAAAAAUCUGUUAACUCCACCAAUCAAUGUGCUUUUGUAUAAUGUCAGUAAUUUUCACACGGCCCCUUGGCUCUCUCUCUCUCUCUCUCUCUCUCUCUCUCUCUCUCUCUACCAGCUCUGCCUAAUUUCAGCUGAAUUUAGGAUGCUACUGACCCAGCACUGGAUGUGCAUAUAUGAAAGAGGGUGAGGCAGAGAGGUUGAGACCCAGUGUGCGUCUGUACGUGUGAGAAAGAGGUAGAGAGAGACAGAGAGUGCGCAAAGCUGAGGACACAGAUCAAUGCAUCUUUGUACUUGCUGCCUCAGCAAUCGAAGGUGAGAGCAAAUCAAAACAAAUCAAAAGCAGACCCCUCCAGAGAGGAGCGAGACGCAGCUGAACGGCAUCCAAUCAGCAUCUGAGGGACCAUGAUUACUGUCUGCGCAGAGCUGGAGAAGUGACAGUAAAGGCAGCUGCUGUGUUUAAACACAACCUCGUGUGCGGAUUUGAGUCAUCUUAGAGAGACUCCUUGCUGCCCCCACUUACUGGACCUUUUCUGAACACUGCAAAUCUUCAGAUAAACACAUACAACACGUCUGAAAGAUCUGGAGUUUGGGUCUUAAGACGUAAAUGAAGGUGCAUUAUAGUAGUCAAUUAUAGUAAGCAUUGAUUUCUACUCAAGACUUCCUAAGCCAGAUAUACUUGAGAUGGGUAGACGGGCAGCUGAUCACAGUACCCCUGUGCCAGUUCUUGGAGAGCCAGCGCUGGUGGGCACACGUGGUUGGAGAACAGUGUCUAAUGGGACCAGCAGUAUGGCAGGCCUGACACUGACUCAUCACUGUAAUAUUGGGGUCCAGACAUCGCCUGCGAUACGAAACAGUCAUUUACAGUUGGAUGCCAAACAUAUGGACACGUGCAGCAAUCCGUCAGAAAAUAAGGUGAUCAUGGCGCCUAAUGGGCACGUUUCAAAUAAGUCUGUGAUUAAAGAGGACUGUAACAAAGACAAAACAAAAAGUAUCAUUAAUAAAGGGAAAUGUCUGGAGAGCAAAAUUAAAAAGGGAGUGACUUUUGAGGGACUUGAAAGUAAAAUCCCAGAGGAUACGAACCAGCCAAUCAAAACCAGUCCUGUGGCGAGGGGUGUGGCUAACAGCAAAGUAAAGACAAAGCGGAACUGUCCCUUUACCAACGGGAGCGUUGUUGACUCUAAAGUAAUCGGAGGUAUCAGUAGUGAUGUCACUGAGAAGGAGGAGACUUCCAAAGGACAGAAACCCUCUCGUUCUUGGAAAGAAACGUUACCCUCAUGCCUAGCCCUCCAUAGACCACCAAUGACAAUUUGCAGCAGUUGUGGAGGAAAGCAGAAUUCAGCACCUCCUGCUCUCCACAGCCAAACCAAGGCAGUUACAGCUCCAACUGUAUUAGGAUCUCCGCCUCAUCCCGGGAAGGAUGUGGGAAUUUCACACUUCCAUUCAUACACGCAGACUGAAAGGCACAGUGCCACGCAGUCAAGCCAGCACCCCAUAAGCACUAACCUUCAUUCUUACCUCAAAGUGAAUAUAAACAAGAACUGGCCAUUAUCUCUGCUGCCUGCUCAGCAAAGUGAAGCAUCAAAGCUCACUAAUGAUCAUGCAGUCAAGAGGGAAUCUAAUGCUGACGCACACAUUAAUCAUACCGGCCACACAUCAGUUCAACAGACUCACACACACGCUGCGAGAGAGGAAAGAGCUCCAGGCUCAAGGGCCGUAAACACACACUUAAACUUGAACAACCAGAAACCUCCCGCACAGCCUCACACGUGCCCUCCCAGACCCCCAAUGACUCCACAUCCUCCUUAUGUGCACAAACAGGUCAACAUAGGUGUCACAGAACAUCUGAAUGCACAAAAAUCCACUUACCAGUCAUACCCUGAUGGGAAACAGCCAAAUCAAGGAAACCAACUCACACCCACACAGUCGGAAUCACACAGCGCGCCCAAAACACACCUCAAACCUUUGCAAACCACCGUGAAACAACAGAUGUUCGCUGAAACCAACUCGAAAGCCGAAACUACCACAGGCGCAGAGCAAAACUUCAAACCGUUGAGCGUAGAAGACAGCACACCUGCCAAAUAUUCCGAUACAUCACAGCCAAAACAGAUAAGCACAGAUUCACAAACCAAAUCCUCGGCAUCCUCUUAUUUGCAUUCAAAAGUUAAACAUCAAUCUACAGCGCAGAGUUCUGCAAAUAAAAGUGACAUAUCCUCAACUACUUCAGUCAUACAAAAACAGGAUCAAUUCCCUAAUGGAUUACACUCCAAAUCUGACACGCAUGCUAAACCAUCGACGUGCUCAAGCACGAAUCUUAGCAUUAAACCCCAAAACAUCACGCAAAUCUGUGCCGACACAGACCCAGAAUCCUCAUCCGCCUCUCCUCCUGAAUUACAUUCACAGUUUCAAUUGGUAAGUCACGCACAUGAAACUCACAGCGAAGUACACUCGUGCCGUCGCGCGUCGAUGCGCACCUCUGGAAACACGAGCACACCCAAGCAGCAUUCCCACACAUCCUCGCACAGAAAAAACACCGGCAGCGCAUCACUGCAGGGUAUAACCUCACAUAAAGGCACGCUGUCAUGUCAUCACUCCGAGUCAAAAAGCCAGGAUGACACCCAAUUGUUUUUACAUGCCCCAAAUACGUCAGCCCAUCAGCAAGCACCACUUACAACGCAAACGAUCAACCAUCAAAACCUCUCAAAUGCAUUUACUUCCACUCAGACCGAAGCGGAGACGCAUUCGCACACCAAAGAACGUUCACGUACGAGCCCCGGGGUCAAAACUGCCUCUCGCGCUUUAUGCGUUCAUUCGAAUACGGCGGGCAGCCAGACAGAGCCCGAAGUUCUCAGGCGUUCUGUCCUAAAUAACACUCUCAAAUCUUCAUUACUAGCCGUCACAUCCACUAGGGCUUCUCCUCAAGAUGAUACACACACCAGGACUGAAUUUAAGGCUUUGAGUGACUCAGAGGACAUUAAAACAAUUCAACCCAAGUGUCAAACACUCAAACAACCACUUCGACCUCCGAACAAACCGCCUCCCCAAAGUGUAAAAAACACACGCCUACGACCUCCUAAGCCUACUUCUGCACCUCCGCUAGCUCCAUCUUUGAAAUUUGUAAUGGAGGGUACUGACAAAGGGGGCUCAAAUGAGGCCUCUAUUCGAAACCCUCCUCAGUCACCCACAGGCACUUUGCCCGGGACCUUCUCCCUUCAACAGACGCCGGUCCGGCACAUACAGAAGGUUGAACGUGUCCACAACACAGAAGCACAGAUGGAAUAUCAUUCCAGUUCCAUCUCACAGACUGUUGGGUCCAUGCCAAAUGAACAUUGUUCACUAAAACACAACCAUCCUCCUUCUGCUGUCCGGUUGCUGCCCGCAUCGCCUCACUGCAGCAGGCCGCGGGACCCUGAGCAAAGAUUAGAGACGGUAGAGGCAAGUCUGCAGGCCAACAAGAAGAAAAUCACAACGCUACUCAACAUCAUCCAGGACUUGGAAAUGAGCCAUGCGCUCGGCAAAGGUCGGCGAUGUUUUCGUACUGGCCAAGACCUAAGCGACUGUCCCACUUGUCAGAAAACUGCAUGUGCCGUCUACAGUGUGGAGUAUGAUUUCCGGCAACAGGAGAGGGGAUUCAAUGAGCUAUUGAAGAGUCUGUGUCCCAGAUCCCCAGACAGAAAAAUAGAAGGAGGAUAUGAAGGAUCUCUUUCUUUACUAACCUUACUCAUCCAGAACCACAAAUUACAGCAGCUCAACAUCAACAUUAUGACCCAAACACAAUCUGACAGUCGGACGCAGCCUCAGAUUAUUGCUCAGAUUAAGUCUCAGAUUGAGGCUCGAUCUCAUACUCAGUCUCACAUUAUUUCUCAAAUUCAUCCUCACAUUACUUCUCAGAUUCAGACUCAGCCUAACAUUAUUUCUCAGAUUCAGCCUCACAUUACUUCUCAGAUUCAGACUCAGCCUCACAUUAUUUCUCAGAUUCAGCCUCACAUUACUUCUCAGAUUCAGACUCAGCCUCACAUUGUUUCUCAGAUUCAGCCUCACAUUACUUCUCAGAUUCAGCCUCACAUUACUUCUCAGAUUCAGACUCAGCCUCACAUUAUUUCUCAGAUUCAGACUCAGCCUCACAUUAUUUCUCAAACUCACAGUACUACUCAGACUCACAUUUCUUCUCAGACUCAGCCUCACAUUAUUUCUCAGACGCACCCUCACAUUACUUCUCAGAGUCAGAAUCAGCCUCAGCCCACAUCUAAGAUUCAGACUCAGCCUCACAUUACUUCUCAGUUUCAGACUCAGCCCACAUCUAAGAUUCAUACUCAGCCUCACAUUACUUCUCAGUUUCAGACUCAGCCCACAUCUAAGAUUCAGACUCAGCCUCACAUUACUUCUCAGAUUCAGACUCAGCCCACAUCUAAGAUUCAGCCUCACAUUACUCCUCUGAUUCAGACUCAGCCCACAUCUAAGAUUCAGACUCAGCCUCACAUUACUUCUCAGCUUCAGACUCAACCCACAUCUAAGAUUCAGACUCAGCCUCACAUUACUUCCCAGAUUCAGACUCAGCCCACAUCUAAGAUUCAGACUCAGCCUCACAUUACUUCUCAGAUUCAGACUCAGCCCACAUCUAAGAUUCAGCCUCACAUUACUCCUCUGAUUCAGACUCAGCCCACAUCUAAGAUUCAGACUCAGCCUCACAUUACUUCUCAGAGUCAGAUUCAGCCUCAGCCUACAUCUCAGAUUCAGACUCAACCUCACAUUACUUCUCAGAUUCAGAUUCAGCCUCAGCCCACAUCUCAGAGUCAGACUCAGUCUCGCAUUAUUUCUCAGAGUCAGUCUCAGUUUCAGACUCCGAUUCAGUCCCAUACAGAUUCUCAUAUUAUGCCUUUUAUUCAGACUCAAUCCCAUAUUAUGCCGCAGAUUCAGACUCGGGCUCAAUCUCAGAUUAUCUAUCAGAUUCAGUCCCAGAAUUUAUCUCAGAUUCAGGCAAAGGCUCAGUAUCAAAUAAUGCCUCCGUUUCGUACUCAGUCUCAGAUUUUGUCUCAGACUGAGUCCAGCGAUCGCCUCCAAAAUCAACCCUUGUUUAGGGCCAAAAUCAAAAGAAAGAAAUUAUACAGGAAGCUGUUCGGCUGGUUACCACGAAAAGUCCAAAGAAAGUGACUACAUCAGUUCCCCGAGUAUUUUCAUGCAUGACUCUCUACCCUCUGGUAUGUGAGGUCAUAACCUAUUUUGUUUCUAAUGCAUUUUGAAGUCAGACUUGUAUUUUCGGAAUGGAGCAAUAUUCUAUACUGUGACUGUAAAAUACCUUGCCAAAUACUGUACAACAUUACUAUUGUGAUUUAACUAUUUAAACUAUACGAUGCUUGUUAUGACUAGACAUGAAGGGCUUUGCGUUUCAACAUUUUUACAGUAGGACAUAAUGUGCUUUGAGGUCGUGGUACACAUAACAUCACUUGUGAUCUUCCGUAUGGACAGCUAUCAUCUGCUAGGGGUCAGACAACUGUGAUGUGUUAUGAGCCUGACAUACAGUAUGGAGCUUUAGCAAAAUAAACUGCAAAUUUAAAGUUAAGCAAGAAAGAAA